CCCGGCGACAGUCCAGCGGGAGGCGGAGCGAGUCCAAAAUGGCGACUCUCAGGCUCGCGCGCUCUGUGUUGCUGAGGCUUUGAGGUGGUCGCCGGGGGUCUAGGGGACGAUUUCCCCGCCACGGGUGCCCUGGAGGAUGAAUCGGGGGCUCUGCUAAGGUUAGGCGGUGGGGCUGGAGAGCAGUGGCAGCAAGGACUGCGGUGGAGUCAACGGAACGGGAUGUGUGAGAGUUACUCCAGGUCGUUGUUGAGGGUCUCGGUGGCGCAGAUCUGCCAGGCGCUGGGCUGGGACUCGGUGCAGCUCAGCGCCUGCCAUCUCCUCACGGACGUGCUGCAGCGUUAUCUGCAGCAGUUGGGACGGGGCUGCCAUCGGUACUCUGAGCUCUACGGCCGAACUGACCCAAUUUUGGAUGAUGUUGGUGAAGCUUUCCAGCUUAUGGGGGUUAAUCUUCAUGAACUAGAAGACUAUAUUCAUAAUAUUGAACCUGUCACUUUCCCACAUCAAAUUCCUUCAUUUCCUGUUAGCAAGAACAAUGUACUUCAGUUUCCUCCACCUGGAAGUAAAGAUGCAGAAGAAAGGAAAGAAUACAUUCCUGAUUACAUGCCACCCAUUGUGUCUUCUCAAGAAGAGGAAGAAGAAGAACAGGUGCCCACAGAUGGGGGCACAUCAGCAGAAGCCAUGCAAGUUCCCUUGGAAGAAGAUGAUGAAUUGGAAGAGGAGGAAAUUAUUAAUGAUGAAAAUUUCUUGGGUAAGAGACCGUUGGAUAGCCCUGAAGCCGAAGAAGUGCCUGCCAUGAAGCGACCACGACUAUUAAACACUAAAGGGGAUACCCUAGAUGUAGUAUUACUGGAAGCUCGAGAGCCACUCAGCUCAAUAAAUACUCAAAAGAUUCCACCAAUGCUUUCUCCAGUCCAUGUACAGGACAACACAGACCUAGCACCUCCAUCCCCAGAGCCACCAAUGUUGGCUCCAGUUGCAAAAUCACAAAUACCAACUGCAAAACCAUUAGAAACAAAGUCAUUUACACCUAAAACAAAGACUAAAACUGGUUCUCCAGGACAGAAGACUAAAUCACCUAAAACUACUCAGUCACCAGCAAUGGUCGGAAGUCCUAUUCGGUCACCUAAAACUAUAUCCAAAGAAAAGAAAUCACCUGGACGUUCUAAGAGUCCCAAAAGCCCAAAGAGUCCCAAGGUUAUGACUCAUAUUUCCCAAGCACCUAUCAGACCUGAAACACCAAAUAGGACUCCUUCAGCUACAAUAAGUGAAAAAAUCAAUAAAGAGAUUAUCCAGGUAAAACAAACACAAACACCCCCUGAUGCUGGGAAACUGAACAGUGACAAUCAGCUGAAAAAGGCUGUUGUAAUAGAUAAAACAAUUGAUGACUCUAUUGAUGCUGUGAUUGCACGAGCUUGUGCUGAACGAGAGCCAGAUCCUUUUGAAUUUUCUUCAGGAUCAGAAUCUGAAGGAGACAUUUUUACCAGCCCUAAGAGAAUUUCAGGUUCAGAGUGUACUACUCCAAAAGCUUCUACUUCCUCAAACAAUUUUACUAAGUCAGGAUCCACUCCUCUGCCUCUUUCAGGUGGAACUUCAAGUUCUGAUAAUUCAUGGACCAUGGAUGCCUCUAUUGAUGAGGUUGUACGUAAAGCAAAAAUGGGAACACCUUCAAAUAUGCCCCCCAAUUUUCCUUAUUUCUCUUCUCCCUCAGUUUCUCCUCCCACCCCUGAACCUCUUCACAAGGUGUAUGAGGAGAAAACCAAACUGCCUUCAUCAAUAGAAGUAAAGAAGAAGUUGAAAAAAGAACUGAAAACUAAAAUGAAAAAGAAAGAAAAGCAGAGAGAUAAGGAAAGGGAAAAAGACAAAAGCAAGGAAAAAAGUAAAGAGAAGGAUAAAGUUAAAGAGAAAGAGAAGGAAACCAGCAAGGAAACAAAGUAUCCAUGGAAGGAAUUUCUUAAAGAUGACGAUUCAGAUCCCUAUAAAUUUAAAAUAAAAGAGUUUGAUGAUGUGGAUCCAAAAGUGAGAUUGAAAGAUGGAAUUGUAAGAAAGGAGAAAGAGAAGCAUAAAGAUAAGAAAAAAGACAGAGAAAAAGGCAAAAAAGAUAAAGAGAAGAAAGAAAAAGAAAAAGCUAAAGAUAAAGGCAGAGAAGAGAAGAUGAAAGCUCCACCAGCUCCCUUAGUAUUGCCUCCAAAAGAAAUGGCUUUGCCCUUGUUCAGCCCUGCUGCUGCAGUGAGAAUCCCACCAAUGUUACCUUCUUUGUCGCCAAUGCUUCCUGAAAAAUUGUUUGAAGAAAAAGAGAAACCUAAGGAAAAAGAAAAGAAAAAAGACAAAAAGGAGAAGAAGAAAAAGAAAGAGAAAGAGAAGGAAAAGGAGAAGAAAGAGAAGGAAAGGGAAAAAGAGAAAAGAGAGAGAGAGAAAAGAGAAAAAGAAAAGGAGAAACACAAGCAUGAAAAAAUAAAAGUGGAGCCCGUUGUUCCAGCCCCAAGUCCUGUUAUCCCCAGAUUGACUCUCAGAGUUGGUGCUGGCCAAGACAAGAUUGUUAUCAGCAAAGUGGUUCCAGCCCCCGAGGCUAAGCCAGCUCCUUCUCUGAGUAGACCAAAAACCCCACCACCUGCACCAGCCCCAGCACCUGUACCGCUGCAUAUGACUCCUCCCCUGGUGCCUUUGCCGCUCCUCGCACAGCCUACUGCAUCGCCUGCUUUAGUUCCGCCUCCUUCCCCUGCCAUCUCUGCAGCAGGAAGUUCCAAAGCCCCUGUACGAAGUGUGGUGACCGAGACGGUCAGCACCUACGUGAUCAGAGAUGAGUGGGGUAAUCAGAUCUGGAUCUGUCCUGGAUGUAACAAACCUGAUGAUGGAAGUCCAAUGAUUGGUUGUGAUGACUGUGAUGACUGGUACCAUUGGCCCUGUGUUGGAAUAACAGCUGCACCACCAGAAGAAAUGCAGUGGUUCUGUCCCAAGUGUGCCAACAAGAAGAAAGAUAAAAAGCACAAAAAGAGGAAGCACCGAGCACACUGAUGUCUUCUCGUGGCCUGAACCGCAUAGUAUCAGAUCAGGGUUUCUUUCCUCUAGAGGAGAGUGGGUACAAUUCUGCCAUCGUUAUCUGCCACCAAAUUCUUAAAGGUAAUGAAUCUUGGAAGACUGAGGACAAGAACACACUAUCCACUCUGGAUUUUUCCCUCCUGCAUUGGACUGGCCACUGUGGGCUAAAUGUUAGUGUGAUUGAAGAAAAACUCAAGUAGAGGCAUGGCAUAGGGACUGCCACGUCUCCAUUUUUCUAUUACCAGUGACAAGUAUUAUUAAUAAAAAAAAAAAAUCAGACAUCUUCCUCUUCGAUUUUCUUUAUUCUCUCCAGGGCCUUUUCAUUAAGGUAGUAGACGAGACGAUAAUGUGUAAGCUGCCUUGACUGCAAUUUAAGGAUGAUAUCAUUAGUCUGUAUACAGUUUUCAACCUCCUUCCCUCUAUAGUAAGAUAAUCAUAAUAACAUCAAAGAAAACUCCAGUUGGAGUAUUGGUAAAUAUUUUUGUGAUGAGAAUAUAUGAAGCUUCCCCUCCUCAUUUUUAGUACUAACAUGUAAAAUGUUCAGGCUUUUGUGAAAUACCUUAUAUUUUUUAAGAAAAGGGUUUCUAUCAUGUCCUGUUUGUUUUUGUGCAAAUUAUUUUUGUUUACUAUAACAUUAUUUUAUAUCUUUGUUGCAUUCUAAUUUUGCCCUUCUUUAAACUGCUGGAGUCUCUUCUCACUGCUUGUACAUUUCAUCAACUUGUAUAAAAACUCUUCAUACUAAAAGAUUUCCCCUAAUGUAAAUAAUAAAUAUUUAUGAAGUAGUUAUUUUAAAAUUUUUUAUCGUGUUUAAUUAAUUCUGGCUUUCUGUGAAAUCCACUGUGAUUUCACCCAUGUUUGUAAUUACUGCCUGUACAUAAAGUAAAGAAGGCUAGAAAAGAAGAGCCGUGGCUCUAAGUAAUUUACCUUGAGUUGGACCUGUGCGGUGCCCAAAAAACACUCUGGGAAAAAAGGACCCUAGCAGUUAGAAGGAAAACAAGACAAUUUAAAUCUCUAGGUUAUGAUUUGAAAUUGUUUUGUUCGUUAUCUGUUUUGUUUCUGUAAGUUUCCUUGACUUAUUAAAAGGACAUGUAGAUUCCACAAAAGUAAAACAAACAAAAAAAUACUGUAGCAUUUUGUGUUUAUAUUGUUUUAUUUCUGCAGAUCUAUUCGCUGAUAUUGUGGUUUAAGGCUGAAAUGAAGUAUAUUAUGAAUUUUCUUAAUAAAAUUUCUCAAAUUUCAGGGUAUCACAAAACUUUAUUAUAUUACUAUACUGCCCGCUAUUUAUUGUAUGUUUUAGAUGUCUGAGAGGUAAACCAAAUAUUUUAUUUUUAAUGUAAAACAUUGAAUUUAAUUUUAUUAGCAUAUUUUAGCAAUGUUGGAAUAAAUAUGGACUCUUACUUGAUUUUUAAAUAACCUCAAUUUGGACUAGUGUGGAUAUCUUGAAUGCCAGAAUAUGGGUUUUGACUCUAAUACAAAUAUAUUAAUAGAGAUUGUGGGUUUUUUUAAUGCCAACUAAAUUGAUAUUAGUGUAUAAAUUAGUCAUACAGGCAGUACCUGGAUUCCGAACAAGUUCCGUUCCUAAGUCUGUCUUUAAGUCAAAUUUGUGCGUAAGUCAGAACAGUUAGGUACGGUUUGUGUCUAACAUUAGUUAGUCAAAUGUUUGUUUUAGUAUAUAACAUAUAGUGUACCUUCCUGUGCACAAAAAUCAUUAAAGAAACACUUCUAGAUACACUGAGACAUCUUUAACAUAAUACAGUAAUAAUAAUGUUUUGAUGUACAUCACAAAGUAGCACCUGCUUGUUAUUAAGAACCAUUGUAUGUACCUCAAAUUUUUAAUAUAAUAGGCUUUAUGGAGGUUGGUUCAUAACUAUGGGUUGUUUGUACAUGGGAUGUUCGUAACCUGGGGACUGCCUGUAUUUUAAAACAUAUUGUGUGGUUAGAGAAAUGAGGUUUUCUGACAUGAAUGUUAAAUAGCAAAUGAGUGGAAAUGGAGUAGACCUUUUAAGAGUGCAGUAUUACAUUGCUGUCCUUGUUCUGGAGGCCAAAAUGUUUCUAUCCCUGCAAAAAAAAAAAAAAAAAAAAGCAUAUAUGUUAAGAUAUGUGUUUUUUGUUUUAUUAAUUUGAGAUCAUUCUAAAUACUUUAUACAAUAUUUUCACAUGCACAGAUAUACCCAUCAGUGCUUUUUGGAGAGGGAUAGGGGUGGGGGAAUUGAAAAAUAAAGAUUAUUGGCUAUUUCAUAGUUUGCUUUUCCAUUUUCUUUAUUUAGGAUUUAGUUCCCUGAGGCAUGGUCAGUGGAUCUAAAGUUGCCACGUUUAAGUGAGCAGGUCAUGCUACUGAAAUAAGAAUGGAGGUGCCUAUAUAUAACCUUUUCCCUAGUCCUGCUGUCUGAGAGACUUCAGCCCAUACUACAUUUAAGGAAUUUCAAUCAGUUCGUUGUCCCUUGCUAUUUCAUGGUUGCUUUCCUAAAUCCAGUUCAUGAUUUUAUAAAUGGUCUUUGCAAUAAUAAAACCAAAGAAUCAUUUUUAGGGGGCUGGAUAGCUCAAGGGAUUAGUAAUGGAAUACAGAGCCUUCACCUCUAGGUCAGUGAGUUGAAUCCAGUCCAGAUCACUGGAGACCAAAAGUUGUUACCAUCUUAUGACUGUUCAGUGGGCUGUGUGAAAUGAACUGGUGGUGUCAGUCUCUAGUGGAUGGCUGUCCAGGGCAUGACACCAAUCAAAGGAAGUUAAAGAAACUGCAAAAAAAAAAGGAAAGUUAGAAAGUUGGGCAUAGUAAUUCUCCAUAAGGUAAUAUGGAAGAAGAAAGAGCAGCUUACAGAUACUGUGGACAUGACAAAGAGAUUAAUUUACCUUCCUUAAUGAAGUAGAACAUAAUAGGAAAAGAGAAAGCCUGUAUAGGACUAGAGGGGAGAAGGAUAAAUUGGGAAAGAUUAUGUAAUCAAGAAAACUUUAGGGGGCCUAAACAAGUAAAAGUAGAUUUUGACUUUUGAGGAGGAAGGAAAUCAUAAGCAGCAGGAAUUUGAAGAACUACUGUAACUGAGAGAAUUAGAUGCAAAGGAAUGAAAAGAAUUUGCCUUUGAAGGGUGAGAAGCAGGGCUUCGAACCAGUUCGUUCCAGUUCAAACCCCUGCUGAGAAUUUUCAUUUCCACCCCAGAUAUACUGAAUCAGAAUCUACGUUUUAACAAGAUCCCUAAUUGAUUCUUAUGUAUAAUAAAUUUUGAGAACCAUUGCUCUACUAGUAAUUCUCAGGAUUGGUCCCUAAGCAGCAGUAUUAGCAUCGAUGAGAACUUGUUACAUACACAAAUUCUCAGCAGGAGUUUGAACUUGGAACGAACUGAUUCGAAGCCCUAGUUAGAAGUUUUCACUUUUAAGUAAAAUCAUGACCCAUUUUAAUUAUUCCAACACUAUCAUUUGGCCUUAGCAUCAGUACUUUGUAAAGAGAAAUAGCCAGGGGAAAAAAAAUUGCCCUGGCUAUUGAUUUUAUUGGAGGAGAUGGUAAUUUAAGAAACAGAUGCCCUCACUCACAGGAAACAGAGAAACUCUUCUAGUGAGAUAAUCAGCCUUCAGAGCCAUGUGUAGCUUGCAGAGUGUAAUUUCUAUGACUGACAAGGUGUUUCUCUUCUGCAGGUGUCUACAGUUAAGUACAGUGAGGAUCUUUAUCCUCCAACUGAUGUGUGGUUCCAAAUGUCCUGAAGAAAAUCAGAGGGUAUCACAGUAUUCUGACUUCGUUGGGCUUUUUCAGAGAUAAAAUAUAAUGCAUUACCCUACUGUAUCAUCUAAACCGCCUUUGUUCUCCUUUCAGUAGGACGAUUAGACAAAGACCUACUAACCAAAUUAAAGUAUAAAAUGAACACUGAGAUAGGAAACCUUGCCAGUAAGAAUGCUAAUGAAUGAAGCUCACUAAAGGCAUGCUAAGUUGCCAAUAUAAAUAGUUUUAUGGCCAAUCUCUUUAGAUCAUGGCAGUAUUCUUUAGAAGUUUAAGUCUAAAAGUAGAUGAGUUACCUUGACUGUAGAAUGAAAUAGUGUUCUGAAUAAUGUCUCUUUCCACAAUGGUACCAGUCAUUCUGUUAGGAGACUAUUUCUUUGAGAAUCUUGGAUUCGUUGCAGACUAAAAAGUAUAAAGUAACUAUUAAUCCAUGCGUGAAGGUCAAUAAAUGACAUUGUAAUUAGAUAUCUAGAUGGACAGGUGAACAGUUUAUUCUUAAUUUGAUUAAACUUGCAUUUAGUUUACAUGUGAAUUAUUAAAACAACUGCUAAUGACCAUCCUGGACAACUCUUUUUAGUUUGUAAAAGAACAGUUUUAAACACUUUCAUUCAUUCAUUCAACAUUUGCUAGGCACUUUUUGUGGAAAUUUCAAAGACAUAUUAGAUCCAAGUUUGUCUUUCCAGUAAUCUGGGUUCUGAGGCCCUCUGGUCGUUUCUCUUUCUCCAUGGUAAUUGCAGUCAUUCCCACAAUGUACUGUGUACGAAAAUGCACUUCAUCAGAGUCUAUGCAUGUUGCAAACUUGUUCUUUUCCCAUUUUUUUUUUUUUACAUGAUCUUUCUAUGCACCUUAGACCACAAGUUGUUUUUAAUUUUGAUACAGGCAGUCCCUGGAUUACAAACACGUUCCGUUCCUAAAUCUGUCCUAAAGUAGAAUUUGUACGUAAAUCAGAACAGCUAGGUAGAGUUUGUACUUAAGAUCAGUUAAUCAAAUGUUUGUCUUGGUGUAUAGUAUAUAGUGUACCUUUCUAUACAUACAAAGCAUUAAAGAAGCACUUCCAGAUACACUAAAACAUCUUUAACACAUAGUACAGUAAUAAUGUUUUGAUGCACAUUGCAAAGUAGUGCCCAUUUGUUUUUAUGAACUUUUGUAUGUACCUUGAUUUUUUAAUAUAAUAGGCUUUACAGGGGUUGGUCCAUAAUCCAGGGACUGCCUGUAUAGCUUUAUGCUUUGAAAUGUUUACAUUUACAACAAAAUAAUUUAAAGAUUAUUAGCAAGUAUUUAUAUUAACUACACUAAGAACUAGCAAAGUAGAUAUUAUAUAAAAAUACACACAUGUAGUACAUAUAAACUGCCAGAUUUAAAAGUUGGGCUUUUAGAACAGAAGCAUAUUUUAGGUACUUCCUUAGGCUUAAGCAAUAAUUUCGUACUAAAUUCUUGGAACCUAGUCAGUAUUUUUUUAACUUUUUCAAAUUUCAUGGGUUUUUUUGUUUGGUCAUAUUUUUUAUUAAUGAAAUGUUUAGAAUGGGACUAUCGUAAGCAAAACAACACAAACCUGAAGAAUGUCAUUGUCCUUAAUGAGUUAACUAUUGACAAGUUAAAUAGUUUUAAGAAAAUGUGCUGGUUCUAUUGAACUCAUUCGGAGCUAUAGCAGUAGUUAUCAGAGGAAGGUCAAAUAGUCCAAGGAUAUUAUCAGGUUACAUUCUAAUUAUUAUUAAAUUGGAAUGUUGAUUAAAUGUUAAUGCAGUUUUCAGAAAAUGAAUUCUUUAUAACUGGAUUUCUAGAUAACCAGUUCUUCAUCUUCCGUUCAUUCUGUUAAUUUUGACAUGGCCAUUUACAACAUUCAGAAAAACAAAUACAAGGCCCAGAAUGUCCUGCUUUUAGCAAUAUGUGUAUAUUUCUCAAAAAAAAAAAAAAUAAUAAUCUUCAUUAGGUAUCUCUCUAGGCAAGAUACAUCCUGCACUGUGAGGACACAAAGAUGAACGGAGAUAGCAUGCCCCCAGUGUUAGAGGAGAGCGAUAACAGGUAACAUAUUAAGGUGGUGCACACGUCAAAUAUGGAUACAAAUCAGAAGUUCAUGGAAAGAUUAUCAUUUCUGACAACAGUCUGACCAAUUUCCAUGUAUAAAUCAAUAAAGGGAAUCUUACCACAAAAUAAGUGUUAUAAAACAAGACAUAAGAAUACACAUAGUAUGAUUUCUUAUAUAUAAAUUUAAAAAGAGACAUGCUUGUUAACAAAUAACAAUAAAUAUUUUGGGAUGCCCAGAACAUUCUCUGAUAAGAAGGCUGGGAAUUGCAUCACCUUCUCUAUCCCAGGUCCUUCUUAUCAUAGAAGACUUCCUCAUUCUGGGCACACAGUAACUUUCUCUGCCUCUUGCACAUGCACGAGAACCAUAGGGGACCUGGCCAACCCCACUUCUAUGUCCGUUCUCAGCAGGAAGGAACGGGGUCUCUCAUACCACAGUACAAGAGAGAAAAUGUGCCAGAUUGUAAGAGCUAGCCUCAGGGGAGCGGGGGUGGACUGAAGGGGAAACAAGCUUUUUGAGGCUGAACAUGAGCAUCCUCAUGCAGUCUGUCAAUUCUCUACAGUUUGCAUUCUUAUGUAAACACCUGGCCUGAACCACUAUUGUCCACCACCACUAUAAAACCUCUGCCCUCCCACGUGGGGCACAGAGAUCUGCUUUGGUCUUUAAGCCCCCCAGGAUUUGUCGCAGUGUGUAAGUCUCCCUAAUAAACUCCUUCACUGCAUAUAUAUAUACAUAUAAUUAGGUGCCAUCAAGCCAGUUGUGACUCAUAGUGACCCUAUGGACAACAGAACGAAACAAUGCCCAGUCCUGCACCAUCCCUAACAAUCGUUGUUAUGCUUCUGCUCAUUGUUGCAGCCACUGUGUCAGUCCACCUCAUUGAGGGUCUUCCUCUUUUCCACUGACCUGUAUUUUGCCAAGCAUGAUGUCCUUCUCCAGGGACUGACCCCUCCUGACAUGUCCCAAGUAUGUAAGAUGCAGUCUCAUCAUCCUUGCUUCUAAGAAGCAUUCUGGUUGUACUUCUUCCAAGACAGAUUUGCUCUUUCUUUUGCCACUCCAUGGCAUAUUCAAUGUUCUUCACCAAC